UGCCGUGCCGCCGCCAUGCUGCUGCUGCGGGCGGCCCGCGGCCGGGCCGGGAGCGGGUCGGGGCCGGGGCCGAGGCUGGGGCCGGGCCGCUGCGCCCCGCCGCCCCUCGCCGCCCUGUCGCAGGUGCUGCGGCUGGAGCGGAGCCGCCGCGCCGCCGUGGUGUUCCCGCUGCAGAGGCUGGCCCGCUGCCUGCUCCCCGGCGCCGAGGCGGCGGCCCCCAGCCUCUUCCAGCCCGGCCUGCCCGCGCUGUGGAGCGCCGAGCGGCUCUUCGCGGCCGGCCCCGGCCACGCGGUCGCCUACCUGAGCUCCGCCGUGCGCAUGGAGCACGCCCCGCCGCCAGCCCUGCCCGAGGUGUGCUUCGUCGGCCGAAGCAACGUGGGCAAGUCGUCGCUGAUCCGGGCCUUGUUCUCGCUGUCGCCAGAAGUGGAGGUCAGAGUGUCGAAAACGCCGGGCCACACAAAGAAGAUGAAUUUCUUCAAAGUCGGGAAGUACUUUACUCUGGUGGAUAUGCCAGGAUAUGGCUACCGUGCCCCACAAGACUUUGUGGAGAUGGUGGAGGCCUACCUGCAGGAACGGCAGAACUUGAAGAGGACUUUUCUAUUAGUUGAUGGUGUAGUAGGACUCCAGAAAACAGACCAUAUUGCAGUAGAGAUGCUGGAAGAGUUUGGGAUUCCUUAUGUGAUGGUGUUAACAAAAAUUGACCGAGCUUCCAAGGGACUGUUGUUAAAGAAUGUACUGGGAAUCCAGGAGUUUGUGAAGGAGAAAACUCAAGGAUGCUUCCCUCAACUAUUCCUGGUCAGUUCUGUAGAGUUCUCAGGAAUCCACUUGCUAAGGUGUUUUAUAGCCCAUGUUACUGGAAACCUGCCUACUGUAGAGGACAGCUGAAGACUGGCUCCUGAUCUGCUCAGCUCAUCCAGAACAAAAGGUUCAGCAUUAUAGCAAGCCUCGCUUGCGUCCAUCAACUUGUCCCUGUUCCAGGUGGACACAGGAAAGGAAACAUUUAAUGGGAUCUGCCUCUUGGUUGCUGUCGGCUUGAAGCAGUGCAAUAGAUGAAUGGACACCUAGGGGGAGUCUCUCCUUCUGCCUGUUACCACCAGUCAGCGUUGUGUCUACCUUCUGUUUUAAAUCCCAUACGGAGUUCUGCAGCUGCGCUCAGACGAGUUGCCAGUGACGAGUCCACUCUAUGAAUCUGCCCUGCCCUGGAAGCUGAAGCACAGUUCUGGGGUCCCACAGCAGCUGUACCGGGCUAAGAGCACCUGACUGGGGGGAGACCAGAGCUGGCUAGUUACAAGGUACAGAAUCAGCAAGAAGGAUUGCCAUUAAAUAGCAGCAGUUGUACAAGGGAAUUUAGACCAAAGCUAUUAAGUGCCUGUGUCAAACUCUGGCACUCUUCUUGUCCAGGCUUAAGAUUGCCAACUGUGUGUAUGCAGCUGUCUAAGUUACUUAUAUUCGGUUCUCGAGAAAGAAUAGUUCUGUAAACCACUAAGGGUUAGAAGGUGGGAUUUCUAGUAUUAUGUUAGUUUACAGAAUUUACUGUAAUGCUCAGAUUAGACUUGAAUGAAGUAAGGUCUGUUUCCAGCACAUACAUAGGAAGUGGCAGUGUGUGAGGAAUGCAGGAGACAGCUGUGUAUCUCUAGUUUCCAUGGCAGAGCAGAGGUCAAGCCUGUAGUUCUCUGAUAUUUUACCUCUAAUCCAAAAGUGUUCCACAGCAAACCAGCCUGCGGGAUGUUUGAUCCUAGGGGUAAAUACAGUACUAUGUAGACAGAUGGAAUUAUGUGCAAGUCUUAAAAAACGGUAUCUUAAAACCAGUAUCUUUCAAAAGCAUCAAUAUAGUCAAGGCUAUAAUUUUCGAGGCCGCAGUCUUGACUGAGGAGCCUCUAAAAAUAAGCCUGUACAGUUAAUGGGUACAUGUAAAAGAAAGCACAUUUCUGGUUUUAGUCUCUCUUCAGAGCAAAAUCCGUUACAAUGCUAAGAAGUGUUUUAUUAACUAUUUAAAUACAUCAGGUAUGUCUGGUAAGUCCGUUUGUAAAAAUAAAAGUGCUUUAAAGUGGCA